AUGGAGACCAAGGCCAUCUUGUGGGUCAAUUAUGAUGCGCAACACAUGGAUUCGUUACCACACCGACAGCAGGUCUACAAACACAUCCAGAACGGCUAUCGCGACUGGAGGCGACUGGAGAAAGCCAGGGCCUUGCGCGCCUCUGCUAAGAUCCCAGGAAGAAGUCAGCAGCGGCUUUCGGGGCAGCGAACCGGCGCGCGCAAGAACAACUCUGUUGGCAACGAUGUACCGAAUACCGAGCAGAGUACAGAGAGCUAUGACGAGAAGAGACGUCUUCCGCCCAUCUCUCCAGUUACCAUCCUCAACAAAGGCAGUUCCGAUCCGUUCGGAGCGUGUGCGAUCCCCAUCACGGUGGAAGAGAACAGCAUCUUGACUUUCUAUCGGGAUAUUCUUCUGCCUGCAGCGUGGCGGCUUGAUGCCAAAUCCAAACAUAAUCUAGGAAGUGCUCGUGCCAAAGCUGACUGGGAAAUCAACACCUCCAGGUUACGGGAUGAGGGAACAGCUCUGGCUUUCAUCGGCAGCAACGCUUCACUUGUCGCAAUGUGUAUAGGAUCUGAUACUCGUCGGGGCAAGGCUCUGCAACGAAAGUCCCUGGUCUUCCGUCUCAAAAGCACUGCUGCGUUACGACAAAAGUUGGCCCGCCUUGCCAAAGUCGAUCCAUGGAUCUGGUGGCACAUUUUCAUGAUCUGGUCCGCCGAGAUUGCGGCAGAAAAUGUGGCAGCAGCGCGAAUGCAUGGGCAAAUGCUACACAAGUUGGUUGACGAGCACUUUCAGCAGGGGGCAGGCCUUUUCGACAAGAUCGACGAGAUUGGAUUGACAAUGGUCGAGCUUUUGUUUUUCUUCCUCUAUGCAGAUAUGAACAUGGCCACACAGCUCCUAACCCCCCCUGCUUUUGACGUCUACGAGUGGCUGCCCAAGGUUUUCGACCCCUUCCUUCGGGCUAUCGAGCCUAUCCUUGUUCCUGCGCCAUUGGAUUUCUGCCACCUCGAUCCGGCAAUCGACUCGGAAGAGAUGACGACUUGCGUCAAGUCGUGUCGCGAGAUUUUCGCUCGAUGGCGCCGAAGGUGGUCCGACGGCCUUCCUGCCAAAUCUGCCACGAUGCACCUUGGCUGGGGCCAGUAUAGAUGGUGCAUUCUUCUGGGGAGACUGGUGAAUCGCUAUUGCAGAUUCAAGGAGCUCUCCGAGACCGACUCAGGGCCCGAACUCGACUACGAUUACGCUCAGCAAUACAUGUCCAUCAGUGCCGUCAAGUGGUCGAGGGCUCUCACCUUUCAGAACCACGUGUGCGGCAAGAACAUCUGGGCGGGGAAUGUGCUGGAAACAUUGCGACCUCUGCUUGAGAAGAGCGAGCGACCCAGAGGCAGUCCUGCGUGGGAGAAAUGGAAGAAUGCGAGGCUGUGGGCAUUCUACGUCGGUGCUAUCUAUGAAGGCCGCCAGCAGCAGCCUGGUUUGAGCAACGACUUGUUUGAUGGCUGGUUCCAUGAACAAUUUGCCCGCCAAGCUCACGAUAUGGGACUUGUCACCUGGGAAGAUACUGUGCCCAUUCUGAGCGGAUUCCUCUUCGACGACUCAGCCUCUCAAACACAAAGUUCUUGGUUCCAAGAGACCAUGAGGUUACAAGCUGCAUCCAUGUCGGGGACUCCGAUGCCAGACAAAGAGAUCGAACAGACUCGUUUGGACAAGGCUGCUAAUACAGCGGGCGAGAGAUUCUAA